CCAGACUGGUUGGAUUUGGAAUAUAAAACAGGUUGAAGACGGUCAGGACCCCUCUAGGGCGGUGGAUUGUCAGUCGUUCUCCAGGUGCAAACGGCGCGCAAUAGCAAACUUGAUCAAGGAAGUUAAGGCGGCCAAACGCAGCAUGGUUUGAAAACAUUCAUGGAAAAAAGCCGUCGCUUUAUGAACUCCUAAAUUCGCUUUUGAGAAAGAAUCGCUUCAAGAACCAUUCAAGAAGGAGAGUCUGCAGUGAAGAGAGGACGUGUCGCCUUGAGUCAGAAUGCAUCAGUUGACUACGAUUGUUAUUUUGGUUGCGAAGUGAACACAUUACAAAUCCAAGACAGCUCUCAUAUCAUUGAAGUCUGAAACGGGUAGCGAGUGAAGAACAUUUGAAUAUUUAAAACCCAAACUUGAAAGAAAAGAAAUGCGCUCUUCAUCUCGAAUAGCUGAAGAACAAAUUCAGUACCUAGGGUUCCUCGCUCGACAGUACUUUACAUUAAAAGGCCAACUAUAUUUAAAGGCUAACGAUACUGGAAAAUGGCAACUGAAAUUUGCAGCCCUCUACCAAAACUUUCUAUUUUUCUUCGAAAGCGAGGAGUCGACUAAAGUAGCGGGAGUAGUUUUGCUCGAGCAUUCGACAUGUGAACAUACAUGCCUCGCGAAUGUUAAAGACAUGGAAAACCAGAACUGCUUUAGUAUUUUUGUUCCUCUGGGAGACAACCAAAAACAGCUGAUAACUUUACGAGCAAGUUCAGAAAAUCAGUGUACAACAUGGAUUGAAAACAUAAGGAAGUCAAGGUAUGAGAGGAUAGGCCAUUAGCAGCAGUUAGGCGGACUCGCGAAGCGCCGGCAUUGCCAAAAAUCACAAGUCGAAAAAACCCACCCCCCCCUGGGGUUUUUGGAGGUCGGUAACCCGCGGAACAGGGGGUCUUGCGCGA